AUGAAACAUUUUAUUUUCGUUCUUUCAAACACACUACUCUGGGACUACAGAGAUAAGACUACCUAUUAUGUAGUGAACCACAGGAUUAUAAUAUUAAAUCCAAACAUCACAACUGGCGGCUUGUCGGCUCUGUCAAUAAUGCGAUGGUUGUUCUCUAAGCGUUCUGGUUCCCAAAAGGCUUUGGUAGAAAAUAAAAGAUCGAAUAUAAACUUUAAACGACCUUUACGAGAGGGUGCAGAUAUUCAAAAGUCAAGGCUGGUUCAACAACGUCGUAGAUCAAGCAUAUAUAAUAAGUUGGAUAUAUAUCGUUUAUAUUCAAAUGAACUCUUAUCAAAUUCUACAGAAAAGUUAAAACACAAAGAUUCACCAAAAUACCCAGAUGGACUGCCGAUUGCUUUUUGUCCAACUUGUCACACCAAUGUAGUUCCAGUGUUCGAAAAGGAUGCUUGCCAGAACCAAAGGGCCGUGUAUGAUGAGACUGAAGACCAAAAACUUGAAGAAUCAAAUGAAUAUGCAGUUUAUGCUAUUUAUGAGCCGGUUUAUGAGAAUAGCUUGCUUUCCAUUGAUACUGACAUGGAGUAUGGAGCAGAUGAAUGUGCAGAGGUCAACCCCGUUAGUAACCUUGAAACACCACUAUACCUCUUACCAACAGAACCGUUAGCAUUUAGUACAACUAAUCGUAAAGCUUUUGACAUGGAUGAUAGCCAAACAGUUUACGAUGAAGUGGCCUCAGAUAGUGAAGACGAUUCAUGGGAUUCACUUUCAUUAAGAUACUAUGAUGCUCAACGCCCGUCUGUUCUGGAGAAGCACAACAACAAAGCAUUCCGUAAACGUGGUGCUUAUCCUGAAUCUGAUUCUUAUCAACAAAUGAAAAGGAUCAGACGGGAGGUGUUCGUUUGUGAAGAAUGA